AUGGGAGCCACAAAACAGAAAGGAAACCGAAUCGAGAAUUUUAUGAAAAAGAGAACCUUAUGCGUCGUCGACGAUGGCGACACCUCCCGACUGCUUGACGGCAAUGGUCUGGCGUUGGGUGGAGGCACGGACGGGAUAAGGAGCCUCGAAGACGGAUUCGAGUUCUUCAAGGGUACGGCCGACAGUUUCGACGCAAAGGAAGUACCAGAGGAUGGACUCGACAAUGUCCCAUCCGACGAAGAUGAAGACGUAUCGGUAGGCAAUGUUCUUGAGGGCGAUGGGGCCGGCGUACAAGUUGAUGAAGGAGACCAAAGAGACGAAGACACCGUACAUGGACAUACCCUUGGCGCGAGUCUCGGUGGACAAGCACUCGACGGGGUAGAGGGCCUGCAGAGGGGUAUAGGUGAAGGAGUAGAUGAUGUUGAAGAAGAAGUAGGCAGCCAAAGCACCCUGUCCGACCUUGAGGUCGGUGACACCAACCUUGGCGUUGUUAGCCCACUUGGCAGAGAGACCACCGUUGAUGGCCAACAUGAGGGCGCAGACAAAGGUACCAAUGACAAGGACCUUGCGGCGGGGCAUGCGGUCAGCGAGUGCGACACCACCAAGAGCACCAACGGCAGAGGUGAUGGAAUUGACCAAGUUGAGGAUGAACUGCAUGUCAGUGUCGUAGCCGAUGGACUCGUAGAUGUUCAAGUUGAAGUAUCCGAGACCGUUUCCGGAGAAUUGACCGAAGACACCCAUAAGAGCAACCAUCCUGGCACAAAAGCGGGCAGCGUGGGUCUUGAAGAGCUCGGAGUAGUCCCACCAGCGCUUGUCAGACGCAUCGAGUUUGAUACCAUCUUGGAAUUCUUGCCACUCGAGCUCGACGACUGGGUUGUUCUCUUGGCCAUUACCGUGGUACUUGGUCAAGAAGGCGCGGGCCUCAGCAUCACGACCGUUGGCGAGAAGCCAGCGGGGAGACUCAGGAAGGAACCAGACGGCGAGGACGACGAUACCAGCGGGGACGCAUUGGAAGAUCAAAGGAAGACGCCAUUGCAUGUCAUUCUUGAUCUUCUCGGUUCCGAGGGUGAUGGCGGCAGCUGCAAAUAG